AUGCUUCAGCAAAAGGUACUUGCUUUUCUAUUAAUAUAAUUUAUAAUAGCCUUGGGCCAUCCAUAGUAAGGCUUUUUAAAAAAUCGAAGUCAUUUUGAAAGCUUUUAUGAUCUAAAUUUGGUAAAUGAGUCAGUUUUAAACUAAAGAUAGCUAUUCUAAUUGAUAACCUCUAGUAUAAAUGAGGAAGCAAAGUAAGAUCUAUGCCCUUAUCCAGGAUUUUAUGGAGAUUACUGUGUUGGAUUACAAGAAUAAUAAGAAUAGUUUCAUUUACAUGAGAAAACUAGCAUGAAAAUGUUAUUGAUGUCUUAAAAUUCUGAUACUGAAUAAGCAGUUUAAGGUAUUAAAAAUAUGCCUUCUGGAGUUGGAGUUUCUUUUGAUAUUACUACUGGUGAACUAAAACUUCCUGCAAUCUAACUCACUUAUCAAAAUGAGCCUACUCAAGAAUAAAUUUGGAAAGAUCCACUUUCACAAAACCAAUUUAUUAUAGCUGAUGAGACACAAGUAGAAUAAAUAGAAUUGUAACCAGACAUCAAAAUAUUUUAAAACGAAUAAGAUUUAUCAAAUUUGUGGAUUGAAGCUGCUUAAAAUGGCUACUGGUUGGGAGGACAAUAUAGUCACUCAUAAGAUUUAAUUUAGAUAUAUGAAAAAUUCUUUAAAGGAGAUUAAGAAAUGUCUGUUUCACAGAUGGCUAAGAAUGUUCUGAGGAUGACUUUUAAGAAUGAUAAUCUGAGCCUAAACAAAUAUGCCUAAAGAGCUGUAAAUGCUUUACCUUAAGAAUAUUCACCUGAAGUAUAUAGUGAUUUCUUAGAAUCAUGGGGAACUCAUAUUUCUGUUGAUACCUACAUUGGAGGUAUGAUUGAAAAAGUAAAUUCUUUCAAAAGUUGUGUCUAUGAUUCUCAUUCAUUUAAUGGAGGUAUAUCUCGUGAAUAAGUGGAAUAAGCACUUAACAAUGAAUUAAAUGGGAAACCAGGUGAUAACUAUUUUGUAUUGAGAAGAAAAAUUGAUGUUGAUCAUAAAUUUGGAGGAAAUCCAGAAAAUGAAUCUAAUUGGGAAAACACUAUUAGCCAAAAUCCUGCUUUAUUAAAAAUAAAUAAGUUUGUAUCUUGGGAUAGUCUUGUUACAGAUACCUAAGUAAAACAAAAUUUAUAGCAAGCAAUUAUGAAUAGAAUUGAAUCAAUGAAAUAAAGAUACAUUAAUUAUUAGUAAUCAAUUCAAGAGAAGAGAAGAAUAGAAAGUAAUGGACCCUAGAUUGCAUUCGCAGUUUAAGGAUAUGGAAAUACAAAUAUUAUACUUAAUUUAUUAUAUGGAAAUACUAAUAUAUCAUUACCUGUUAAUUAUUCAAUAUCAAAUCCAUUUUAAAUGAAUGAAGCUUCUUUAUGCCCUCCUGAAUUACCUUUUGAUAUUUCAAAAAGUAGAUGUAGCUCAGGUGAAUUUGCUGAAUUCUUACUAUUAGGAAUUCCUAAAGACGUUAGAUACGAAAGAGAUAGCUUAGGUAACUUCAGAACUAUUUUAAAUGAUAGCUAUGGUAAUUGGGUAAAUAAAGGAUGCAGUGUAGCAUCUCUUAGUAGAUUUCCUUAAUUUGUUGAUCUUAAUUAGAUCCCUCCAAACGAAAGUAGAUUCUAAAUGGUAUGUACUGAAUGUAUCCCAAAUAUUAAUGUUAGUCCUAAUGGAUUACAACUUUAGUGUAAUUGUCCAGCUUUUUGA